AUGGCUGCGAAGAGAGUAUUUAACCUGUCUCCAGGUGAUAUGCCAGGGAAACCAAAAAAUAAAGUACCAACUCAUCAACCUCAUUCCAGGAAGAGUCUAUUUCAAAGUGAGGAAGUCAAGCAAGCUGAACCUGCCAGACAGGAAAAACCGAUUCCUUGGUCUGAAAAGGAGACGAAAGCCUUGGUUCAGUAUGUAUGUCUUUUCUGGAAGGACGCUUGGAAGAACAAGUGGCCUAGUACAAAGGACCAAAACUUUUGGAAGGAGUGUGCAAAAGCAGUUAACAAGGCAUACUGUUCCAGUCGAACAGGUAUAAAUGUCUUGUAUAGAUACAUAUUUGUUAUGCACUUAUGUACAUGUCUAGUCAUUGUAAAGUCCCUUUAUACCAUGGAGCAAGGGGGCAUAUUCCAUAAAGGGCAUAUUCCAUAAAGGUCACAUUCUAAAUUGUUUUAUUUUCCUGCUGUAUGGGCAUUGUUCCAGAUAACUCCCCCACCCUUACCCAGGGAGCAUAUUACAUAAAGGUCACAUUCUAAAUUGUUCUUUUUCCCAGCUAUACAGGCAUUUUGUUUAGAGGUACUGAUCUUAUUAGCAAUGUAUGAAGCUUACUAGUACCUGUAUGUGUCAUACUUAAAUGAAUAUGCAUUUAAACCAAGUCACGACUCACGACGCUUGGACCAGUAGCAAUAUAUUUUAUGAUUUAUAACCCAUACUUAUUCAUUUUGAAACUUUUUUAUUACUUUUAUUUGUUUUAUUUAAGGUGUAUCAUGUAGAACCAGAGUCCUAAAACAUCUGGCGAAGAAAUUUCCUACUUUGAGUGAUGCAGAGGAAGCAUUUAACAUUGAUUAUGUUGUUCAUUCAGAUGAGAAUGUUGGUGGAAUAUCUCCCAGGAUGCCAUUUAGUUCCCUAGUUAUUAAUGAUAGUCUGUCUCCUAUAUUUAAAACAUCAUCAGCAAAAUCAUCCUUACCCUCUAGAAGUGUUGGUGAUAUUGUUCAAGAUUUUAUUACGGCUUUUAAGUGCACCAUGUCACAGAGAUUAAAAGAACAACUGGUCCAUUACUUGUAUAAACUUAUGGUCAUUGAACUUGGUGGCAUGCCAUUAUACAAGUUUGUAGAAGCAGACUUCCUUGAUGUGAGCUUAAGUGCAACGAACACUUUAUUUAAAGAGAACAAGAAAAAUCUUGUUCAUAGCCUGUCGCGCUGCUUUGAAAGAAAAGGGGCUGAGUUGGAUACAAGAAUGCCGUUGCAUUGUAUGCCAUUUGGUCUCAUAGACUAUAACUUACGUUUUUUUCUACGAAUUACACUCAGAAGCUUGGUAUUGAGGAUCACUAUGUGCAGUGGUUAGAGACAAUGUUUGCUCAUUUUGGACACAAGUGGAUGUGUUUACAUCGUGGUCCUGCUUGGCAGUACGAAGUGAAAGUUGAAGCGCAAGAACUAUCAACUGAAUGUGAACCUAUGUUGUCAAAUAUUUUAGAAAAUGCACUAGAAUUUAGUGGUAUAAGCUUCUUGUCUGAUGAUAUGGAAAACAUUAAUACAGAGCCACAAAUAGGUAAAAUCGUUUGAUUCAUGGUUCUGACAUAACAUAUUACUAUAGAAUCCCUAUACGGUACUGUAAGCCCAUCCUGUCAAUCCUGCUCAUUACCAAACCAACUAAAUAAAAGUUUAUAAAAUUUUAGAAAAUGCACAAGAAAUUGACACCAGUUCAAGUUUCUUGUCUGAAGAUAUGGAAAACAUCAAUCCUGAGCCACAAACAGGGGCGUAGCGAAGGGGGGUCCAGGGGGGUGCCUGACCCCCUCAAUGUUACGCCUGUCGGCAAAACAUGGACUUCUGUUGGCAAAUUUAAUGUUUGGAUGCGAUGUAGACAAUGCUUUUUUGCAGAAAUUUCAAAAUUUCGGGAGAAUAUUUAAAGGCAAAAAAUAUCAAUAGAAUUAAAAAACGGCGAUAAGAAUGUUGGGAAAAUAAGAAAAUUCCAACAAAAUGUCAGGUUGGGAAAAAUGUAGGUUGGGUAGGUUUAACGGUGUGCAAAAUAAGUUCCAGGACAAGCUCGGGAAAAGUGUUCCAUACAUUCCAUGUUUAGCACAUUGUUCGAACACGGUCAUAGAACACAGUUGCAAGGCAAGCCCAAUUAUCACAGAACUUUUCAACGUUUUGGAAGCACUUUAUGUGUUUUAUACGGGUAGCACAAAACGCAUGUCUUCACUGGAAGACUCGAUUCAGUCCAUGAAAGUAGACGAUCCACUGAACCUAAGAAAUCUCUCCAGAACUCGAUGGACUGCUCGUGCUGAGUCCAUAAAGUCUGUGUGGAUCUGCUACGAAGCCAUCCUAGACAGCCUUUCCAACCUUGAACAGUCGGAUGACGGUACUGCUUCUGGUUUGCGUUCCAAGUUGCUGCGCUUUGAUUGUAUUAUGUCAAUUAUGUUUAUGAAGAACAUGAUGUACAAGACCAAGCGAAUGAUGGAGACACUUGCAUAGUGAACCCAUUGAGUGCCAGCGCUCUCUCAUUCACAAAUAAAAUUGCCUGGCUUUAGACAGAGUAAAGUAAUAAAGUAGGGCACAAAUGCAACCCAAUGGGGGUAAUUUUACUUUUGUAAAAUACUAGUGUAUAUAUUUAAGUAUUAAAUUUCUGUGACAAUAAGGCCUGUGAAAGGAAUCUUGACGCGUGAGGUGGUAGUUGGACUGGUUGCAAAUCUUGAAAGUCGACAUUUGCGAAGAAUAGAGAAUGCCCAAAGAGGUUUACAACCUGAACAUCCAAGGUCAUCAUCGACUGACGAUGUUGAAGGUUUCAUUUCCCUGCUACACGAGAUGCUUGGUCCAAUUUUUGAUAUUAAGCAGUUUUACAGUGAGCAACCAAAAAUUCUGAAUCAAUUGCCUGGCUUUAGACAGAGUAAAGUAAUAAAGUAGGGCACAAAUGCAACCCAAUGGGGGUAAUUUUACUUUUGUAAAAUACUAGUGUAUAUAUUUAAGCAUUAAAUUUCUGUGACAAUAAGGCCUGUGAAAGGAAUCUUGACGUGCGAGGUGGUAGUUGGACUGGUUGCAAAUCUUGAAAGUCGACAUUUGCGAAGAAUAGAGAAUGCCCAAAGAGGUUUACAACCUGAACAUCCAAGGUCAUCAUCGACUGACGAUGUUGAAGGUUUCAUUUCCCUGCUACACGAGAUGCUUGGUCCAAUUUUUGAUAUUAAGCAGUUUUACAGUGAGCAACCAAAAAUUCUGAAUCAAUUUAAGAAAAGAAUUGACAGUGAUUUGGGAUUCUUCUACUCGACCGGAGCCAAAACACGAUACAACGAUUAUGAACUACCUUCCUUCAAUGAACCCUCUGGACCAGGAUUAGUUGAAAGAUCGGAUAACGUACAGCUGUCAAGAGGAGGCGACCCUGGCGUUUUUGUCGGAAACCGACCAUCUCCACCACAGAAAGGCCAGCUGACUGCUAGAGCGAAAUUUCACCGAGCCCCAAUAGCCUUACCACCAUUGCCACUUACUUGA